GUGCAGAGGCCGAGGGUCCCGCUCCCUGGCGUAGCAGUCACUUAACCCCAGCGCCUUCCCCCUGCCCCAGCAAUCCUCAGCUGGCGCUCGACGCGUCCUAGGAGGAGCCUAGACGUCCGCUUCCCGAGUAGAAGGGGAUUGUGCUGCGUAAACAGGAUUAACUCCCUCCUCCCCAGAGGCGCCGAUCUGCGCUGCGGCCUGCGGGCCAGCGCGAACCCCCGGGUGCUCUGACCGGGCAGCGGGGGAUGGGGACUCUCGCGGCUCGGGAGCCAUCUCCGGGGAUCGCUCUCUGGCCGUGUAGGGCUGGGGGCCGCAGCCUCCGGAGGUGCUGCUCAAAGACCAGGGCGGACAGCGGCGACGGUGCAGGCUCCUAGCGGCAGCCUCCCCUCCACCACCUCCCUCUCCCUCCCCGCGCUUCCUCUCCGCCCACCGCGCUCCAGCCGCACGGUCGCAGCGCGCUCUGUCCUCCGCCCCCCGGAGCCGCCGCGCCUGCCCCUCGUCCAGCCAUGGGGGACCUGCCGGGCAUCGUGCGCCUCUCCAUCGCGCUGCGCAUCCAGCCCAACGACGGCCCAGUCUUCUUCAAGGUGGACGGGCAGCGCUUCGGCCAGAAUCGCACCAUCAAGCUGCUCACCGGCUCCUCCUACAAGGUGGAGGUGAAGAUUAAGCCCACCACGCUGCAGGUCGAGAACAUUUCCAUCGGUGGUGUGCUUGUCCCGCUGGAGCUGAAGUCUAAAGAGCCCGAGGGGGACCGAGUUGUUUAUACUGGCACGUAUGACACGGAAGGUGUGGCUCCAACCAAGAGUGGAGAACGGCAGCCCAUCCAGAUCACCAUGCCGGGAAAUGAAGCAAGUUACCCUUUGGAAAUGUGCUCACACUUUGAUGCUGAUGAAAUUAAAAGGCUAGGAAAGAGAUUUAAGAAACUUGAUUUGGACAAUUCUGGUUCAUUGAGUGUGGAGGAGUUCAUGUCUCUGCCUGAAUUACAACAGAAUCCUUUGGUACAACGAGUAAUAGAUAUAUUUGACACAGAUGGGAAUGGAGAAGUAGACUUUAAAGAAUUCAUUGAGGGAGUCUCUCAGUUCAGUGUCAAAGGAGAUAAGGAACAGAAGUUGAGGUUUGCUUUCCGUAUCUAUGACAUGGAUAAAGAUGGCUAUAUUUCCAACGGGGAACUCUUCCAGGUGUUAAAGAUGAUGGUGGGGAACAAUCUGAAAGACACACAGUUACAGCAAAUUGUAGACAAAACCAUAAUAAACGCAGAUAAAGAUGGAGAUGGAAGAAUAUCCUUUGAGGAAUUCUGUGCAGUUGUAGGUGGCCUAGAUAUCCACAAAAAGAUGGUGGUAGACGUGUGACUCUUUAAAGAGCACCACCCAACACUUUUGCUUUCUUCUCCAUCUCUGAAGAUCUGCUCAAGACGUCCAGCAAUGCUCUCUGUGUAUUUAAAUGGAAGUAUUUUUCUCUGUGAAGCCACAUUUUCCAACAUGAGCCUCAUGAAGCCAACUAAGUGUUAUUGAACUCUUACUCUCUCAAUAACUCAGUGUAGCACUUUACAGUCUGAAGGACAGCAGCAUGAGAAGAGCAUAUCAUUGUGGUGGAGAAAGGGAAGGGUUGGCUUUUUAAUUUAUUUUUCUUCAUCUUUUAUAACAAGAAAGUAUCUAUAUAUACAUAUGUAAAUAUUUAUAUAUAGAUAUAUGUAGCUUUCUAUAUAUGUAGUAGGUUGGCUUUUAAUUUAAUAUACUUGAUUCAGAAACAAAAUGAUAGAGUACUAAAGUGCCAAGCAGAACAUACAGCAUCCUUACUUUUAUUUCACACAAUUUUAUAUAUAGAUAGAAGAUUGUACAAUUUGAACCAGGUGUUAGGCCAGCUAUUUUCCUUUUUCUGUGCUUUCUCCUUUGAGAGAUUGACAAAGCAUUUGUUAACGUCCUAUUAUUUUACCUUAAUUACAUUUUUGUAACAAAAGUGUCUAACUUUAUUUAUACCUACGAAUAUAUUUCUAGGGACUGUGUCUCAUUUCUGAGCAGCUUUAAAUCCAUCUCUGCUUGAGGAGAAAGUAUAGUUCAGUGCUACUGCCAAGAGCUAGUUCUUGUGUUCAAUAUAGUAACUGCAUAAUGCUAUGGCUGCUUCAUUCUGUUACUUAGUAACUAGGAGCCGUUGCAUUUAUCAGAUGUCCCCGAAUAAAUGUUACCAGUUGUGAUUCUCUAUAAAGGCCAGAAGCUAUCUGAGGCAAUUAUGGUUUAUCUGCUAGGUUAUUUUAUGAAGGAUACCUGAAGCAAUCAUGUACCUGCUUAGGACAUCCAUUUGUUUCAUUACAUGGGUAAAUAAUUUGUCAUUAAACUUGUGUUUGAACCAUGAAUUUCCCUUCUGUGUUGCGCAAGACUUUGCAGCUAAUCUUUAAAAAUGGUGAUAUUUAACGUGCAUGUAUGUAUCUAGACACCCACAUAUAUUUGUGAUUCAAAUGGGAGAAAUCUUGCUAAUCUAUAUGCCACAGAAGAGCAAAAUUUAUCUAAAUUUAUACCUCGUAAAUGUCUUUUCCACAAGGCAUAGAGAGUGCAUGAUGGUUUUUUCUUGGUUUGCCCGUGUAUUUGGUAAUGGAUGCUAACUUAAUAAAUGUGUGUGAUAUAAAAGUAGUGUUAUCAUUUCCACCACUUGAUAUUAUCCCUUCCCUUUUCUGCAAAGGUACUAUUGGCUGGAAGAAAACGUUUCAGUUAGCUUUAUACGAUAGUAGUCUUCCCCUAUAUAGUUUUUCUAUAAAAACUGGUUUUAUAAUCAAGAGUGGAAAAGGGCGGGUUGAAUCAGGGUGAAUGAAUCUUAUUAAAUUGAGCACACCUGCCUGCCAUCGCUGUUCCUUCAACUGAGUGCUGCACAUCAUGGGCUCUGUCUGUGAGAGAAAAAUCCCGGUGCUUGGUGUCCUUGCAUGACAUGGAGUUUUGCAUGUAGAUCGAUUUAAAAUGUACCUCUUGUUUACAUAAUUUGCAUAAUUUUAAAAGAUAAUGUUGCCAAACUUUGGAAAUGUUAAUGUUCAAACUGAAAAUCUCCACUACAUGUAACUUUCUUCCUCUGGAUCAGUACGUGGCUUAAAGUCCCAGCCAGUGGUUUGAUCUGUUCCAGUGUCAACUGCCAUGUGCUCUGCUUCAAGGGGGAACUAGUCUUUUGUGAAUUUUUUGUACAUAAGUAUUUGUUACAAAUAUUUUAGCAAAUGCUUUCUAUUUCUCUUGCUUGUGCAUAUCUUGGCUGGCGUUACAGAAAAAUAGUGCAAACAUUAUUUCCUUACUGGGGAAUGAGGGUUUCUCUCUGGGUUUUUUUUGUUUUUUUGUUUUGUUUUGUUUUGUUUCUUUUUUCUUUUUUUAGUUUGUGUGUGGGGGUGGGGAAGGGAUGGGGUGGUUUAUGUUGAAUGUUUAGUUUUUCUUCUGCAUGAUAUGUCAUGUUGUGGGAUCUUUAGAAAACUUCAUACUGUAUGAAUAAGAAAAUAAAAUAUUUGAAACUUG